CAGAAGGUCGUAAAACGCGGUGAAUCUUGUCCGAUUCACAUCUCUGCUUCCUUCCUGUCCACCGCCUCGCCCCUCCCUCGAGGCGUUCCUACCAACCGCUAUGCCUCCCAAGGCAUUGCCCAAGAGCAGGCCCAAGGCCAUCCCAUCCAUCUCGCGUGAACUCGUGCCUAUAGGCCCUAGAGAAGUCUUCAAGUCAAAGCACCAUGGACGCGAACGAGACGAGAACGGCAACAAACCACUUACCGCCCGCGCGCUCGUCCUCCGCAAUGGCAAACACGGCGCCAUGGGCACCGGAGAGCUCGUGCUUGCGACGCGGAUGAGCGGACGCGAGAAGCUUGAGCUGCUCGCAGAGGAUCUCAUGAAGCAAGCCAUCGCGGCCCCGUUCAAGCUCGACGUGUGCUUGAGAGUUGCCGAUUCGCAGCUUAGCGCGUACUUGGAUGACAUAAGCGCUCUUCAAGAUCCUGAGUUCUUUUACGACAAGAUCAAGGAGUAUGUCGCAUCGCACGUUAAUCAGCGCGUGCAGGCUCUCAAGGACAAGGAAAAGAGGGGGGACCACGUCGCAUCCAUAGUCGCUAGUCACAUUCACAACACGUAUAUGAUGGCGUCGGGCUGGCGUGUCGUCGGCGAUCUUAUACGCGACCUCAUCGAAGAUGGUCUCGAUGACACUGUCAUUAAGUCUCAACUCAGAUCCGAGCCGUCGAUUCGAUCUCGCUUCUUGGUCCUUUACGACACUGUCAAUGUUCUCGUACAGGCCGGCCAGAACAAUUUUGCCGUUCUUGCUACGGCUACUAAACACUUCGGUCAAUACUUCAACGUGGUGAAAGAUCCGGUGACGAAGGAAGAAGAGUUCACGUUCGAUUGGGGCUCUCUCAAAGCUGUCCACAAAUCCUUUCUGGACUCGCUCAUCGUCGAGUUAUGCUUGCCGAACUCGCCGAUACCUAAGGCUGUCUUGUACCAGCUACUCGGCGAAGCGGUGGAGGAAUCGCCCAAGGAUGCCAAGCAGUUCUCGCAGGCUGUUUGGGAUGCCGUAGGCGAUCUAUCAACCAUUAUCGAACUCCAGUCGAUGCUAGACGGUGUGCUCUCCGGACCCGAGGGCGAGAAAUGGAAACAGGAGCCGCGCAGGAUGCCCGAGGCGUACGAAGCAUGGGUCGAUGCGCAGAUCUUCUCCAAGGAGGCGGCCGGGCUUUGGGAAGUAUACAGUGACCUACUCUGGCCUCUGGAAAACACCAAGAAGGCCGUCCUCGAUCAGUUCUGGCAGUACGUUCGGAAGAACUACCAAAACGUUAGCGGCAAAACCCCGGACCAGCUGUGGCAUAUUGAGGACAUCCGCAAGGUCAAGCCGAUGUGGCACGGUUGGGAUCCGCGCUACCGUCGCCAGAACGGCGAGGACGACCUCGCGCUCGUCCCUGGGCGUAGUAGAGGCCCUGUUGGAAAGGGUGGGAGGAAGCCGCUGGCGAUCACGGACGGGAAUGAUAGCGAUGACUCAAUGCCGUCGCUGCAAACGGUUUCGGACUCGUCGGAUGAGGAGGAGGAGGACUAUGGGGACGACGACGACGACGACGAACCUGAAGAGGAUGGUGACGAGAGCGACACCUCGGAGGGCUACGACACGGACGAGGAGGACGCGAUGAGGGACUGGCUAAGAGAGGCAAUGGACACCGCGGUCGCCUCGUCUGACUUUUACAAUCAGGGUCCUGCCCCAGAUUUCAGCGCGCUCGCGGAGGAGCGCAAGGGCAACCCAUUCUUGAAGCUUCUCGGGUCCCUGAGAGGUCGCAUGUUUUCGGCGAGUCCUACGUUGAACACUGCUACUCGCACCCAGCCCCGCAAGCCGUACACUGGGCCGAGGACGCCCGUAACUAAGGCUCAGACUGGGGCAGGGGGCGGAGGGAGCCCCUCUAAGCCUGCAACCCCGACCACGAAGCCUACCACAGGCCCCUCAAUUACGCGCCCGCACCAAACCACCGUGGAGGAGGUCGAAGAUGAAGAGGGCCCGUCCGCCGCCGCUAAGAAGAAAAAGAAAAAGCCCAAGAAGAAGAAGAAGCCCGCCUCUACAACAGCACCUGCCAACGGCGAGGGGGCGCCAUCGUCCCCGCCGACGUCGCCCACCCCUGCUCCGGCCCAAGUCGCACGCCCAGCGACCCCGCAGCGUGCCGCUACCUCCCCUCCAGCGACACCGCCAAAGAAGGGCGCAGGGAAGACGCCCAAGUCGCCCCCGGCGGCGAAGCCCACGUCCCCACGCGGGUCGUUCAGCAGCUCGACAACCACUCUUGCAGGUUUCGGGGCGUCGACGACGUCGCUUCCGCUGCCGACGGAGCAGACCGCCCAGUCUGCACGCACGUACCUGCAGAGCGAGGGCCUGACGAGCGGGAAGCAGAAGCUGAAGACGCGCGCGGCCGUCGGGAACCUGGGCAACCUCAACGGGAUCCCGGAGAAGACGAAGGCCCGCUUCUUCAGCCCGUUCGCCAAGAAGGGCAAGGGCGGGGAGGUGAAGAACGCCGAGGAAGCGGACGAGGAGGAAGAGGAUGACGAAAGCGGGGAGGGAGGUAAGGGCAAGAAGGGCAGUGUGUUCUCUGGCCUGAAAGGGAGGACGACGGAGUGGAUGCACCAGCUGCUUCGGACGAAAGAUGAUAAGACUCAGGGCUUGGCAGAUAUGAGAUGGGAAAGGUUCGUGAAGCUCAUGGAGGCUAUGGGCUUCACGUACGUCCCGAGCACUGCCGGCUCUCGUGUCAGGUUCGACCCCCCGAACCCGAAGGAUCGCUCCAUCAGUUUCCACAAGCCACACCCGGACCCGACGAUCCAUCCGAUGAAGCUGAAGGACUUUGCAAAGAAAUUGAAGGAAUACUACGGUUGGAACGAAGAAGAGUUCCUGAGGUCGACUCAGCGCGGCGACUGAGCUUACAGAAAUCUGCGACUGGUUGAUGAGAUGACGUUGCUGUCAAAGCUGAUUGUACGAAUAUCAGGGCAUCUGUGGUGCCCUGAACAGAACUUGUUUCCAAUACCAGUAUUAGGUAUACCCUGCCGAAUGCAUAUGUUACGGAAU